CAGAAGACAACAACCUUAUCCUAAACUAAACCUCAAAUAUCUCCCUCCAUUCCACCCAUUCCACUCUAUAAAUUGAAAACACUGCUCCUGGAAAGAUAAACCAAACCUCAAACUCCAAAAUGCAGACAGCCCUAACCUUGGCAGCCCCCAACGUUGUGCCUUUGGCACCCACAAAGAGUGUCUCCCAUCUCACCACCUUCCCCACCAAGUUGAAAGUCCCACAUCGCCUCUCUCCAAUGAAGGUUGCGACCGUGGAGUAUGACACUUCCACAGUGGACUACAACACUGCGUUCUCGGUGUUUCCGGCAGAAGCAUGCGAAACUGUAGGAGGGGAAGCGUGCUUGGCAGAGAUGUACCCCGAAGCCAGGCUGCAGCCUCAGGCCAAGAACGAGGCACCACGAGCUGCUACAGAGAACGUUGAGAGAGAGUAUCUUGAAUACAACGAUCCCAAAACGGUAUUUCGUGCAGAGGCUUGUGACGAUCUUGGAGGAAUUUUCUGUGAGCACGAGUAUCAGAAGAGUGUGUACUAGAGGAAAGAGAAAACCCUCUUAUCGCCAUGCCUAAAACAUUUUCCAUAUCUACUAGUAUUCACUGUACAUAGGUUAAGAUCAUGGAUCUCACUUUAUAUUGAGUUUCCUUUUCGCUAUAAAUUUUACAGUAAUCAUACACUAUAUUUGGCACCUUUCACCCUUUCUUCUUUACUAAUUUGAAUAUAAAAUAAAUGAGUAUUACUCUA